AUGCGAGCCUCCUCAAUUCUUACUCUGGGCGUCAGCGCCCUCGCCUGGGCAAAGAGCGCGGCGACUUUCCUGCCACUCCAAGGCUCAUCGGCACCUUACUGUCCGCCUCGCCCAGCAACUCCUGAGGAGCAGAGAGCUAUUCUCGGUGAAUUUAUUCAGGCGUUUUACGAAGAGAGGAAUGCGACCAAAGCUCUACUAAAUCACGUCGCGGAGGACUACAUCCAGCACAAUCCGAACGCUCUCUCCGGUCGUCAGAACACGCUUGCCGUUUUGGCGCCUUUCGUUUCCCCGAAUACGGUUAAGAACAAAAUCAUGAACCAGGGCCUUGACAACAAUAUCGCAUUCAUUCAUUAUCGCAUGGAUCUUGCCGCAGGUGGAGAACCUUUCGCUGUGGUGGAUGUCUUCAGGUUCAACGGAACUUGCAUAAUGGAGCACUGGGAUGUUGCACAGCAGCGGCCUGCCAAUGCGACUAACCCCAUCGCCAUGUUCUAA